AUGGCCACGAAAGUAGAACGGCAACUCAAGAGAGGGAGACCAGCCAAGCAUGAGGGUGGUUCUUAUUCGGGAUCUUCAAAUUGGAAGUCAAAAUGGGGUGCCAGCUCAAGACCAGCAGAGAAACCUAAAUCGAAUGCUGAAAGGAGCAUGAGCAAGAGCCAAGGGGACAACAAGGAGAGAGGUAACUCUACAUCCCAACCUCAAAAGAAUAGAGAUAUCAAAUGUUUUCGGUGUUUGGGGUCUGGGCAUAUUGCUUCUCAAUGUCCAAAUAAAAGGGCAAUGAUCAUGCUGGAUAGUGGGGAAAUUGAAACUGAAGAGGAGGAAAGUGAUUCAAUGCCAACACAAGAUUAUUCUAGUAGUGAUUAUGAAUAUGCUGCUGCGGGGAAUGCCUUAGUAAUCAUGCGAGCACUGAAUGUACAAAUUAAGGAAGAAGAGAGAGAUGAUGUGCAAAGGGGGAAAAUAUUCCACACUAGAUGCCAAGUGAAGGAUCGGGUAUGUAGUUUGAUCAUUGAUGGGGGUAGCUGUGUGAAUGUGGCUAGUAAGUUACUUGUUGAUAAGUUGGGAUUGCGUACGUUGAAGCAUCCUAGGCCAUAUAAGCUGCAAUGGUUGAAUGAAAGUGGAGAAGUGAAGGUGAACAAGCAAGUUCUGGUUUCCUUUACAAUUGGGAGAUACAACGACAAAGUUCUUUGUGAUGUAGUGCCCAUGCAUGCUAGUCAUAUGUUGCUUGGGAGGCCAUGGCAGUUCGAUAGACAGGCAAUACAUGAUGGAUAUAAGAAUCGAUACUCUUUUGUCAAGGAUGGUAGAAAGGUGACACUUGUUCCAUUAACACCUUAUCAGGUGUAUGAGGAUCAACUCCGAAUCAAGAGAUCAAUUUGUGAGAAAAGUGGGGUAGAAGAUGAGAUUGAAAGAAAAAAAGAGAGUGAGCAAGAGUUUGGGGAUGUCUUUCCCAUGGAGUUACCCAAUCGUUUGCCACCAAUAAGGGGAAUAGAGCAUCAAAUCGACUUUGUGCCAGGAGCCGCAAUUCUGAACCGGCCAGCAUAUCGAAGUAAUCCGGAGGAGACAAAGGAACUUCAAAGGCAAGUGGACGAGCUUUUAGCUAAAGGGCAUGUACGUGAGAGCAUGAGUCCUUGUGCGGUCCCGGUGUUGCUGGUGCCAAAGAAAGAUGGUACUUGGCGAAUGUGUGUUGAUUGCCGCGCUGUAAACAAAAUCACGGUAAAGUAUCGACAUCCCAUUCCUCGAUUAGAUGACAUGCUGGAUGAAUUGCAUGGUUCCACGUUAUUUACAAAAAUAGACUUGAAAAGCGGAUACCAUCAAAUUCGGAUGAAAGAGGGUGAUGAGUGGAAAACGGCUUUCAAAACAAAACAUGGCUUGUAUGAGUGGUUAGUUAUGCCAUUCGGGUUAACUAAUGCGCCUAGUACUUUCAUGAGGCUCAUGAAUCAUGUUUUGCGUGCUUUCAUUGGAAAAUUCGUGGUUGUAUAUUUUGAUGAUAUCUUGGUGUAUAGUAAGAGCUUGAAGGAUCAUAUUCAUCAUUUGCGAUGCGUGCUUCAGGCAUUGAGACAUGAAGAAUUAUAUGCUAACCUGAAGAAAUGUACAUUUUGCAUGGAUCGAGUUGUGUUUUUGGGAUUUGUUGUUAGUUCCAAGGGUAUUCAGGUUGAUGAGGAAAAGGUGAAAGCAAUUAAGGAUUGGCCGACGCCGAAAUCCGUAACCGAGGUAAGAAGUUUUCAUGGUCUAGCUAGUUUUUAUAGGCGAUUUGUGCGGGAUUUUAGUACUUUGGCUGCUCCAUUGACGGAAGUGGUUAAGAAAGAUAUAGGAAAAACGGCCGCCUUCUUUAGUGAGAAACUAAGUGGAGCCGCUUUGAAUUAUUCUACAUAUGACAAGGAACUCUAUGCUUUGGUCCGCGCUUUAGAGACAUGGCAGCACUACUUGUGGUCGAAGGAAUUUGUCAUACACACGGACCACGAAUCAUUGAAGCAUUUGAAAGGGCAAAACAAGCUGAAUCGGAGACAUGCCAAAUGGGUCGAAUUCAUAGAGAUGUUUCCCUACGUGAUUCAGUACAAGCAAGGAAAGGAAAACGUGGUAGUUGAUGCAUUAUCACGGAGUGCAUGUGAAAAGGUUGCAUUUGGUAAGUUCUAUAAGCAUGACGAAUUCUUAUUUAUGGAGAAUAAGCUCUGCAUUCCUAAUUCUUCUAUGCGUGAAUUACUUGUGCUUGAGUCGCAUGAGGGAGGAAAAUUUGUAAUGGGACCCAAACGUGCAAGGCGGGGUCGACCUAGAUACCGUACAACCGAGAAUUUAGCUGAUAUGAGUACACCUGAGCCGAUGACAGAGGAGCAAGUGUCUCAAGCUCCUCAAGAAGCUGCUGCAGCUCCUAGGGUUCAAGAUCCACCAAUCCACCAGACGUUAGCAGCCAUGACUCGUCUAGUGGAGCAGCAAGCGCAGCUAAUUGAGCAACAAAACGGCCUUCUUCCAGAGGCAAGCAGCACAGCCGAGUGCAUCUACAUCUCACAUGGAGCAACAAUUGACGCCGUAUGA